AUGAAAUUCGUGGCCCUGUUGCCGACCCAGCUUUAUUUUCUUUUUCCUCUUCGCAGCUCCAGUUCAUUCAGCUGUGAGCGGAAGUUGUAUGCAAUGCCCCUGGAAGAAGCAGAGGAGAGGGUUCCUAGUUUUCGCAGGUGCAGUGUUACAACUUAUGCUUGGCGGCUCCAGCAAGAGCUCUCUGCGAGCGUGUGCGCCACAAAUGUGGUUGAUGAAGCCGAUGUGAUAGUGGUGCCUGGUUACACGUUUGUUGAUUGCCACUGGCCUCACUACCACCACGAUGCAUGCAAACGAGAGGGGACUUAUUUUCGAAAAGGAGAGAUCUGCCACGACCAUCAGACCAUGAAGGAUUAUUCAACACUCCGUAAAGAACCAGAUUUCGCUGCAAAGAUUCUUGCCUUGGUCGACUCUGGCACCCCGGAUGAUCCUCAUGGGUUUCCAGAUCGCCAGUUGUCUCAGCACCCAGGCUUUAUCAUCAUGCGGCUCGGUUUGGGGACUUGGGCUGACCGCCCCGGCAUCAACAUAGCCUUGCCCUCUGGCCCUACCCCGAGAUGUUCCAGUCCGACGUCCAAGAAGUCAAUGCUGGAACCCCUCAACAUGAAAAGGUAUCUGGUAACCUUCAAAGGCUAUUUGUCACGGAACCCACGGCGACUUGCCGCGGCAAAGCUGCAUCACAACGACGUCGAUGUCAUCAUUGUGGACAGCCAAGAUUCCCACUACGACUUUGACGAUUUACUCUAUUCUUCCGUUUUCGGCCUUGUCCUGGAGGGUGAUGCUCUCUUCACUUUUCGCCUCAACGAGGUAAUUUGCUCCGGUUCUAUUCCCGUCCUGGUGUCCAGCUCGCAAGUCCCUCCUUUGCAAGAUCUGGUUCCCUUCGAGACGUAUGGUGUGAUGGUCGCGGACGACGAGCUUCCAGAGCUAGUCGCAAGGUUGCGUGCACUGGGUGUGACUGUCCGCUCGCAGCUGAGACGCGAAGCUGCCGAGGUGUGCAACAGCUACUUAAAGACUUUCGAGCUGCAAGCUGCAGCCGUAGCGAAACAGCUCUCACGGCGUCCCUCAAAAGCUCCGUCGUCUCCGAGCUGCGCCUCGGGGAGGCAGGCCCUGGCCUUCUACGUGCUGAGCUUUGCAGAGACCGAACGCCUAGCGCCUGAGCUCGAGUUCUGCCAAGUGUACGGGUACGCUGCCCGUUUGCACCGUGCUUUCGGAGCCAUUCGGGGCAUCUCGCGAACUUGCAUGGUGCGGCAGCUUGACGAGGCCGCUGUUGUGCUUGUCCCUGGGUUCUCUACCCGGCGGCAGCAUGAGUGGCUGGAGACACGGUUCCAAGAGGAUUGCUCUGAAGCGGUGGUGCUGCAUGCGUACCGGAAGCUCCGGUCUCAGGAGGACCUCCGCGGCAAGCUGCUGGUUCUGCUUGAUGCUGGUGAUUUCAGCAUCCCAGAAGAUCAGGACAUGGCGUGGCUGCGGAUCGGUCCGAGUCGAAGCUCCUUCAGACUGCAGCGCGAUUUGGCGAUUCCAUCAGAGCCCACGCUUUUGGCGUCAAGACCCGAGAGCUUGCGGUCAUUCCUCGAGCCAGUGGACAUGAAGCGCUACUUCCUUUCCUUUAAAGGCCGAUUACGGGAAGUGGGGCUUCCCGAGACUGUUGGAUACCGAGGAAAGCAUGUCGUCGUGGUGGAUGAGGCUGAUGCACGCUACGACUUGCAGUAUCUGCUGCUGCACUCGGCCUUUAGCCUCCUUGCGGAUGUUUCCGCCUUCAAUGAUGUCGUUUGUUCCGGCAGCAUUCCGGUGAUGAUGGUCCAUGACUGGGUAACGCCUUUCGAGGGCUUCACGAACUUUGAGACGUACGGCCUCCGGCUUCGAAGUGGUCUGGCCCUGCCAGAUCUCAUAGACAAGCUGGAAGCGGAGGUGGCCGAUCAUGCGAAGAUGUACGUAUUGCGUGAAAACGCGCGCACUCUUUGCAACAGAGCUUUGCAGAGCUACGAGGUACAAGCAUCUGCCAUCUUGGAGGCAUUUGCAAAUCCAACCCGAGCGAUUGAACCAAGGCAGGACGCGAUACAGCAGACCUUGCACUGUAAGGACCGCAUCAUGCUUCUCUCAAACAACAUGCUUUACAGAGCCUCCGAAACGAGAUCGCACAGUCUGACACGAAAUUGGUACAUGGUGAGCCCAGGUCCUUACAUCUGGUUGACGGCCUACAGGGACGUAGUUUUCGCAGUUUAUUCCGAUUACAUGGUCUACAGAUUUCCCACCGCACUCCGGAAAGUUUGGAGACACUCCAAGUGGAAAAACCCUGCGUGGAAGUGGGAACUCGCUGCAGAUGGCAGCGUAACGGCGAUUGCCAUAAGCGACGGCAUCAUGUAUGGCGUUGGCUUAGACGACAAUAUGUACUAUCAGGCCCUCGACAGCAUGACACCACAAAGCCACUGGGCACUCGUGGGCCUGAGUAAGCCCAUGCCCUUUCAAGGCUUAGCAUCGCUGCAAGGAACCAUUUAUGGAGCCCACGGCAAUCAAAUCUAUGCCCUGAACCUCACGGGUCGCCACUGGGACCUCUCGGCCAGGCAAUACCUACCUGGUGACUUUCGACAUCUGCUUUGA